AACCUAUCCUUUAGCAAAAAUGGAAGCUAUCAAGAAAAAAAUGCAGAUGUUGAAGUUAGACAAGGAGAAUGCAAUAGAUAGAGCAGAGCAGGCUGAAACGGAUAAGAAGGCAGCUGAGGACAAAUGCAAACAGGUAGAGGAUGAGCUGGUAGCUCUGCAGAAGAAGUUGAAAGGAACCGAAGAUGAGCUGGAUAAGUACUCCGAGGCUCUCAAAGAUGCCCAGGAAAAACUGGAGCAGGCUGAGAAGAAGGCCACUGAUGUACGUACCUCCAGCUAACGUCUGUCUGCAACUACGCUCUGUUUUGCAGUAUGCAUGUAGUAGGUUGGUGGUACGAAUCGCUGAGACUUGUUGUAUUGCAGGACUUCAGUCAGGGGAUGGGAAAAGCAGUGUUCGGUUUCAGGUAUGUAAGUCUCCUGCCUGCUCCAGCAGCACGAACGCAGGCCGGCUGCUCAGCACCCAGCGCAUGGCGCACAGCUGCCCUAGGGAGCUUGAGCUGGGGCUUUAUGGGCCACACGGUGACCUCGCGGCACCGCACCAGUCAGGGGGUGCUGAGAGGGGGACUUCCAGGCCCCGGCGUGCGGAGGGAGCUCCUUGGCGGAGGUGAGACGGUCCCGAAGCAGCACAGAAGCGGCUGGGGGAGCAGCACGGAGCUGCUGCUGCAGCUUGGCUUUGGCUGGGGGCUCCCGGUGAACCGGG